CCAGCCGCCCGCCCGCAGUUAACAGGCGGCAAGGUAGCGCGUGGGGCUGCGUGCGACCAGCGGCUUCGGGGUCGAGAGCCAUCAAGGAAGGGGCGCGAUGUGUCGGCCAGCUCUGACCAGGCUGCUGCUCUUUCAUCUGCUCCUGAUCAAGCUCCACAUCGCAAAAGGCUCCGGGAAGGAGUGCGAAGAGGACCAGUUUCAGUGCCGGAACGAGCGGUGCAUCCCUUCCAUUUGGAAAUGUGACGAGGAUGAUGAUUGCUUGGAUAAUAGUGACGAAGCAGACUGCCCCAAGAAGACCUGUGCAGAGACUGAUUUUAUCUGCGACAAUGGUCAUUGCAUCCCAUCCAGAUGGAAGUGUGAUGGUGAGGAGGAGUGUUCAGAUGGAUCUGAUGAAACUGAAUUGAUGUGCACCAAACAAGUAUGUUUGGCCGAAAAAAUUAGCUGUGGAGACUCUAGCAACAAAUGCAUUCCUUCGUCAUGGAAAUGUGAUGGAGAAAAAGACUGUGAAAGUGGAAUUGAUGAAGCUGGUUGCACUAACAUCUGUUCUUCAAAUGAAUUCCAGUGCAGCAACAAAACCUGCAUAGCCACCAUCUUUGUCUGUGAUGGUGAUGAUGACUGUGGUGAUGGGAGUGAUGAGAGGAGGUGCCCUCCCUUCACUUGCAACCCCAAUGAGUUCCAGUGCAACAACAGCCUGUGCAUCCCACAGAUUUGGGUCUGUGACAGUCAGCCUGAUUGUGAGGACCUCUCAGAUGAGUCGAUGGAGAAGUGUGGAUACAAACUCAAACCACCAGUUGUGAGCACCUGUGCAGCACAUGAGUUCCAGUGUGGCAAUGGAGAAUGCAUCCAUUUGAAUUGGAAAUGCGAUGGAGAUGAGGACUGCAAAGACAAGUCAGAUGAACAAGAUUGUUCCUUGGCGACCUGCAGCCCUGAUGAAUUCCAGUGUGGCGAUGGGACCUGUAUCCAUGGAGCUAAACAGUGCAACAAAGUGCACGAUUGCCCUGAUAACAGUGAUGAAGCUGGCUGUGUUAAUGAAGCAACGUGCGAGAGUCCCACCAAAUUUCAGUGUAAAAGUGGAGAGUGCAUAGAGGAAGCCAAGGUGUGCGAUUCACACAGGGACUGCAGGGACUGGUCCGAUGAGCCUCUAAAAGCAUGUGAUGUGAAUGAAUGUGCCCUGAACAAUGGUGGUUGCUCCCACAUUUGCAGAGACUUGAAGAUUGGCUAUGAAUGUGAAUGUCCUCCUGGAUACAAGCUUAUGGACAAGAAAACAUGUGGAGACAUAGAUGAAUGUGAGAAUCCAGAUGCGUGUAGCCAGAUCUGCAUUAACUACAAGGGGGACUAUAAAUGUGAAUGUUAUGAUGGUUAUGAAAUGGACCCCCUGUCUAAAAACUGCAAAGCCAUAGGAAAGAGCCCAUACCUUGUUUUCACAAAUCGCCAUGAAGUACGCAAGAUUGACCUGGUGAAAAAGGACUACUCUCGCAUCAUCCCCAUGCUGAAGAAUGUGGUUGCUUUGGAUGUGGAAGUGGCAACAAACAGGAUAUACUGGUGUGAUUUAUUCUACAGGAAGAUAUACAGUGCCUACAUAGAUAAGGCCAGUGACACAACUGAGCAGAUGGUUCUGAUAGACAGCCAGUUACACUCCCCGGAAGGUCUGGCAAUGGAUUGGGUUCACAAGAACAUCUACUGGACAGAUUCAGGAAACAAGACAAUUUCAGUGGCCACAGCUGAUGGGAGUAAGAAGAGGACACUUUUCAAUACUAAUUUAAGUGAACCUAGAGCUAUUGCAGUGGAUCCCAUACGGGGAUACAUGUAUUGGUCUGACUGGGGAGACAUAGCAAAAAUUGAGAAAUCUGGCUUGAAUGGUAUGGAUCGGCAAGUGCUCGUGACAGACAACAUUGAAUGGCCCAAUGGAAUCACACUGGAUUUGCUGAAUCAACGUCUCUACUGGGUUGAUUCCAAGCUGCACUUACUUUCAAGUAUAGAUUUCAACGGGAGCAACAGGAAAGUUCUCAUCUCUUCAGUGGACAACCUGAGCCACCCAUUUGGACUGGCUGUGUUUGAGGACAGGGUAUUCUGGACUGACUUAGAGAAUGAGGCAAUCUUCAGUGCUAAUAGGCUGAAUGGUCUAGACAUUUCUAUUUUGGCAGAGAACCUCAAUAAUCCUCAUGAUAUUGUAGUUUUUCAUGAGCUAAAGCAACCUAAAGCUCCAGAUGUUUGUGAACUUCAUUCUCUGCCAAAUGGAGGCUGUGAAUACCUAUGUCUCCCUGCACCCCAAAACUCUCCACACUCACCCAAAUAUUCAUGUGCUUGUCCAGACAAUAUGUGGUUAGGCCCUGACAUGAAAAAGUGCUAUAAAGAGUUUCCAGCUACCUCAGCUAAUUUGCCUACUACUGCUGCUAUUCCUAACACAUCGAGAAGUUACCUUCUGAAUUUUACGGCUAUUGCUACUGACAGUAUGACUACCACAACUGACACAAUUAGUACAGAAGGACCAGAAACUACAACCAAAGUCUUUCUUGGCAUGACAAGCCUUCGUUCACUCACAAUGACGUCUAGCCCAGCUGACAGUAAAGUAGCAACAGGAAAUAGCAAUCUCUUCCAGCACUAUGCUAACAAUGGGCAUGCUUUUGGAUCAACUGUGAUGGCAGCCAUUAUCGGAGUUGUUGUUCCUGUUGUGGUGAUCGGCUUACUGUGCACAGGUGGGUAUCUCAUCUGGCGAAACUGGAAGAGGAAAAAUACAAAAAGCAUGAAUUUUGAUAAUCCUGUGUACAGGAAGACUACGGAAGAGGAGGAUGAGGAUGAAAUCCAUAUUGGGCGAACAGCACAGAUUGGUCAUGUGUACCCAGCACGUGUAGCAUUAAGUCUAGAAGAUGAUGGACUACCAUGAGGAAUAAACCCACUCCAGUUCCAUCGAUAAUGGAUCAAAAGAUAUGCACUGAACCCAUCUGCUGUGGCUAAUGGAAUCCACCUUCUUCUGUUUCCUUCUCCUCUCCUUUAUAUUUAUGUUGCAGAAGGGUAACCACAAAGUUGUAAUGAACUGCAAACAUCCAAAGGAUGUGAGAGUUUUGUAUGUAUAAUCUUUUAUACACCCUUUUAACUUCUUGCACUAUCCAUCUGUAAUAGUGAGGAGCCUACUCUACUACUGAAUGCUGCCAGCCCAACCCAAGGAUCAGCAGCUUACACAUCAUUUCUAAGAAUUAUAUUUAUAGAUGUUUUGUAAAUAU